AUGGAGGACGUACUUAACGCAGUCGCGGUCGACAGCACGUCCAUCAUGCCCAAGCUGGCGCCCCACCUAAGCCGACACCUGCUGUUUCCUCUUAUCCAGUUCGAGGGCGACCAGGCCGACGAGCGCGGCGACACGGAGGCCUUUCGGACGAUCCUGGCAGGCAAGAUUGCGCUGCUGGAAGACACAAACAUGACCGACUACGUGGCCAACAUGUACUGUGAGCUGCACGAGGUCGCGGAGCCGCCGGCCCAGUAUUUGCGCAAGCGCGAGGCCGUCGUGGCCCAGCUGCAAAAAUACGAACAGGCCACGGCCACGAUUGCCGACCUGCUGACGCAGGACGAUGUCGUCAACGGGCUCCGCAGCGACAAGGUGGCCAACUUGGAAUUUCUCAAGACCCAGCACGGCGUAAAUUUGGCUUUGCUAACACCCGGCGUCUUCCCCCAGGUCACCGCUGAAAUGGUCGACGCCCUGUACGACUUUGGCCAGUUCCAGUUCCGCUGCGGCCAGUACGGUCCGGCGGCCGACAUGCUGUACCAGUUCCGCGUGCUGUCGACGGACAACGACAAGGUGGCGGCCUCUACGUGGGGCAAGCUCGCCUGCGAGAUCCUGUCGGCCAACUGGGACUCGGCCGUCGACGAGCUCAAAAACGUGCGCGAGAGCAUCGACACGCGCCUCUUUAGCAACCCGCGCGCCCAGCUCGACCACCGUGCCAUGCUCGCCCACUGGGCCCUCUUCCCCCUCUUCAACCACGACGCCGCCCGCGAGCCCGUCCUCGACAUGUUCUUCUCCGCCCCCUACAUAAACACGAUCCAGACGGCCUGCCCCUGGAUCCUGCGCUACCUCAUCGCCGCCGUCAUCACCGGCCGCGGCCGCGCCGCCAGCGUCUCAUCGGCGCCCGGCAACCGCUCCGCGUCCGCCACCCAGCAGAAGCAGCUCAAGGACGUGGUCCGCUACGUGCGCCAGGAGGCCUACGAGUACGCCGACCCCGUCACGCAGUUCGUCGCCGCGCUCUACUUUGCGCACGACUUUGACGCCGCCCGCGACGCGCUCCGCCGCGCCGAGAACGUCUGCCGCGCCGACUUCUUCCUCGCUUCGUCGGCCGACGCCUUUGUCGACGCCGCCCGCCACCUCAUCUGCGAGAGCUACUGCAAAAUCUUUUCCCGCAUGAACAUUCGCGAUCUCUCGGCCAAGCUCGGCCUCGACCCGGACGACGGCGAAAAGUGGAUCGUCAACCUCAUUCGCGAGACGCGCCUCGACGCCAAGAUUGACUCUAAGGACGGCACCGUCAUCAUGAACCACCCCCCCAACAAUGUCUACCAGCAGGUCAUUGAGAAGACAAAGGGUGGCUUCUUCCGCACGCAGGUCCUGAACGCCGCCGUGUCGAAAUAA